AUGUCAGCUGAUCGUAGAGAAGCUGCUAUCAAAGAUGCUUACACAGAAAUAAGACGUUGUUUAGAAUUAUUAAUCGAUACUAAAGAAAUCUCAGAAAACGAUUAUGAUGAAAUUCAAGAUAUCUUACGUCACAAGAGAAGAAGUCCCUCUGCUUCAUCUUAUUCAAACCCAACUAAAGGAGCUCUAUCUCCAAGAAAUGGGCCUCAAUACGUAGAAGCAAUUUAUGCUUGGUCAGGUGAGCAAAAGGGUGAUUUGGAAUUAUGUCCAGGUGAUAUCAUUGAAGUUAUUACCAAAAAAUCCCCUCAAUGGUAUGAAGGUCGUUUAAAUGGUAAAGUAGGUGUCUUCCCUACCAAUUAUGUCAAAUUAUAUUCGAGUGAUGAUAGAGAUUCCAACUAUCAACGUACAGGUAUCAAAACACCAGUACCCACAUCUGCUCCACAUUCUGCUCCACAUUCUGCACCACCACCAUCUCAUGAAGAUUAUGAUUAUACUCCACCUCCUCCAAGAGCCUCUCCUUAUAAUCCACCACAACAGAUGCAAAUGGCUCCUCCUCCACCUACACAACAAUAUUAUGCUCAACCUCCUCCAAUGACAAUGCAACAACAACCUUUACCAUACCCACCUCCAUCAACCGGUUAUUAUCAACAACCACAGCAACCACAAACCAUUAUCGUUCAUGAUGGUAACACUAGUGGUGGUUAUGGUGGUGGUAGUAGUACUUUUGGUAGUAUUGGUAGUAAAUUGGGGAAUGCUGCGUUAUUUGGGGCAGGUUCUGCAUUUGGUGCGGAUAUCGUUAAUGAUAUUUUUUAA